UCCUUCCUUUAUUAUUAAGGAAACAUUUUUGAGCAGGGUUAUGUCUUGCCACUGGUGAGGACGCACGGAAGACUUAAAGACCCUCCAGGUGACUCUUUCAGCUAUUGCAUGACUGCACAACCCUGACGCAUCUGCGGAGGACGAGACUGCAGCAAUGGAAAGUAAUUCAAAUGAAAGUGACAUUUGGCAAUUCAAUGAAUCUUGGAGGAACUCGAGUCUCAUUAACGGAACCUGUGGUUUGAAUCAGACAAACCCCUUGAAGCGGAAUGAAGAAGUGGCGAGGGUGGAGGUGACUGUGCUCGCCUUGGUCCUCUUUCUGGCGCUCGCGGGUAACCUGUGCGUCCUGUUGGCUAUCCACACAACCAAACACAGCCAGUCUCGUAUGUAUUAUUUUAUGAAACACCUGAGCAUCGCCGAUCUGGUUGUGGCGAUAUUUCAAGUUCUCCCUCAACUUAUCUGGGACAUUACAUUUCGGUUCUAUGGACCAGACAUCUUGUGCCGGUUGGUGAAAUACCUGCAGGUCGUUGGGAUGUUCGCCUCCACUUAUAUGUUAGUUUUGAUGUCUAUAGACAGGUGUUUGGCAAUUUGUCAGCCCCUCCGUUCUUUGCACAGGAGAAAAGACCGUUUAUAUGUCAUAUUUUCCUGGAUCCUGAGUCUGCUCUUCAGUAUCCCGCAGAUGUUCAUCUUUUCCCUGAGGGAGGUUGGCUCGGCCGGAUCAGGGGUGUAUGACUGCUGGGGAGACUUCGUGAAACCUUGGGGAGCCAAAGCUUACAUCACAUGGAUCAGCCUUACCAUAUACAUAAUUCCAGUGGCCAUACUGAGCAUUUGUUAUGGGUUGAUAAGCUUUAAAAUAUGGCAAAACUUUAAACUGAAAACCAGACGGGAGCAGUGCAUAAACCUGACGCCUAAAACCACCAAAAGCAACACACUGGCCCGUGUAAGCAGCGUAAAACUCAUCUCCAAGGCGAAGAUCACGACAGUGAAGAUGACUUUUGUGAUCGUGGUGGCUUACAUCGUCUGCUGGACCCCCUUUUUCUCAGUUCAGAUGUGGUCUGCGUGGGAUCCAGCAGCCCCCCGUGAGGCCAUGCCCUUCAUUAUCUCCAUGCUGCUGGCCAGCCUCAACAGCUGCUGCAACCCCUGGAUCUAUAUGUGCUUCGCCGGGCAUCUGUUCCAGGAUCUUAGGCAGAAUCUUCUUUGCUGUUCCACCCGCUACCUCAAGUCAUCCCAGUGCCACUGUGAGCGUGACUUUAACUCCAGUCACAAGAGCAACUCUUCAACCUUUGCCAUUAAGAGCACUAGCAGUCAGAGGAGCAUCACACAGACUUCUACCACAUAAGCCCCGGGCCCUCCAUUCCCCUCCUCGCGCUGUGCCCUCAGCCUUUCACUACGUGCUGUCGACCAUAAAAUAUCCAGCAGUUUGAUUUCUUUAAUGCGUCCUCA